GCCUCUGGGCGCGCCAUGCGCAGCACCACACUACUGGCACUGUUGGCUGUGGUCCUGCUCUACUUGGUGUCCGGUGCCCUGGUGUUCCAGGCCCUGGAACAGCCCCAUGAGCAGCAGGCCCAAAGGGAGCUGGGGGAGGUCCGAGAGAAGUUCCUGAGGGCCCAUCCAUGUGUGAGCGACCAGGACCUGGGGCUCUUCAUCAAGGAGGUGGCUGAUGCCCUGGGAGGGGGUGCAAACCCUGACACCAACUCAACCAGGAACAGCAACCACUCAGCCUGGGACCUGGGCAGCGCCUUCUUUUUCUCAGGCACCAUCAUCACCACCAUCGGCUAUGGCAACGCGGCCCUGCGCACAGAUGCUGGCCGCCUCUUCUGCAUCUUUUAUGCACUGGUGGGGAUCCCGCUGUUCGGGAUACUGCUGGCAGGGGUCGGGGACCGGCUGGGCUCCUCCCUACGCCGCGGCAUUGGUCACAUCGAAGCCAUCUUCCUGAAGUGGCAGGUGCCACCAGAACUGGUGCGAAUUCUAUCGGCGGUGCUCUUUCUGCUGAUCGGCUGCCUGCUCUUCGUUCUCACGCCCACGUUCGUUUUCUGCUAUGUGGAGGGCUGGAGCAAGCUGGAGGCCAUCUACUUCGUCGUGGUGACGCUCACCACGGUGGGCUUCGGGGACUAUGUGGCCGGAGCCAGCCCCAACCAGAACUCUGCAGCCUACCAGCCGCUGGUGUGGUUCUGGAUCCUACUCGGCCUGGCCUACUUCGCUUCAGUGCUCACCACCAUCGGGAACUGGCUGCGAGUAGUGUCCCGCCGCACUCGGGCAGAGAUGGGCGGCCUCACGGCGCAGGCUGCCAGCUGGACCGGCACGGUGACCGCGCGGGUGACCCAGCGAGUCGGGCCCACGGCACCACCGCCGCCGGAGAAGGAGCGGCCACCCCUGCUUCCGCCGCCGUGCCCAGCGCAGCCCGCCAGCAGACCCCUAUCCCCUGCGGCCCCGGAGAAGAUCGAGCCACCCUCUCCGCCCACGCCGCCCACCCCGCCCACGGCCUCCGCGCUGGACUACCCCAGCGAGAAUCUGGCCUUCAUCGACGAGUCCUCGGACACGCAGAGCGAGCGCGGCUGCGCACUGCCCCGCGCUCCACGGGGCAGCCGCCGCCCCCUCAACACCCCCAGGAAGCCCGCGCGGCCCCGCGGCCCGGGGCGCCCCCGGGACAAAGGCGUGCCCGCGUAG